ACUAAUCUGGUGGCUUCUGGUGCUAAUGAGUCAGAAAUCUAUAUCUGGGAUUUGAACAAUUUUGCCACACCAAUGACACCAGGAGCGAAGACACAGCCUCUCGAGGACAUCAGCUGCAUCGCAUGGAACAGGCAAGUCCAGCACAUCCUGGCAUCCAGCAGCCCUAGCGGCCGAGCUACCGUGUGGGAUCUCAGGAAGAACGAACCCAUCAUCAAAGUCAGCGACCACAACAACCGGAUGCACUGCUCAAGCCUGGCGUGGCACCCUGAUGUCGCUACGCAGAUGGUUUUGGCCUCAGAGGAUGACAGGCUGCCUGUGAUUCAGAUGUGGGACCUAAGAUUUGCCUCCUCACCACUUCGUGUGCUGGAAAGCCAUACAAGGGGUAUAUUGGCUGUUGCAUGGAGCCUGGCUGAUUCGGAGCUACUACUUAGCUGUGGGAAGGAUGCUAAAAUUCUCUGCUCCAACCCUAACACAGGCGAGGUGCUGUAUGAGUUGCCGACAAACACACAGUGGUGCUUUGAUAUCCAGUGGUGUCCCAGGAACCCCGCUGUCUUGUCUGCGGCCUCAUUUGAUGGGCGAAUCAGCAUUUACUCCAUCAUGGGAGGCAGCGUGGAAGGCUUGAGACAGAAGCAAGUUGACCAGCUUUCAUCCUCUUUUGGGAACCUCGAUCCAUUUGGCACGGGACAACCUCUCCUGCCCCUGCAGCUGCCCCAGCAGACUGCCCCACAGAGUGUCAUUUUGCCCCUAAAGAAACCACCCAAAUGGAUCCGGCGACCUGUAGGAGCAUCGUUCUCGUUUGGAGGCAAGCUGGUUUCAUUUGAGAAUGCCAAGCCUCAGCAGCAGCCAGGCAUUGAGCAGCAACAGCAGCAGCGUCACCAUGUCUACGUGAGCCAGGUUGUUACAGAGAAGGAGUUCCUGGCCCGCUCAAACCAGCUGCAGGAGGCCAUGCAGUCUGAAGGCUUUGUCAGCUUCUGCCAGAAGAAAAUCGACACGGCCCAGGCUGACUUUGAGAAAAAUGUGUGGGCCUUCUUAAAGGUGAACUUUGAAGAAGAUUCACGUGUCAAAUACCUUGAGCUCUUGGGAUACAAGAAAGAUGAUCUGAGGAAGAAGAUUACAUCCACUCUAAAUAGACAGAGUCUUGCACGUGGUGAUGCAGGAGAGGCUCCUGCAGAAUCUGAUGAAUCUGUGCCGAACGAGGGGGAUGAAGGCCAGACCACAGAGGAGCAGUUCUUGGGAGAGGGAGUGAAGGACCAUAAACAAGAAACUGAAGAUUUGGGAUCUGCAAAGAAAACAUUCAACAUCUCUGUUACUGGAGAUGUGGACGGUUUGAUCACCCAGGCUUUGCUGACGGGUAACUUUGAGAGCGCAGUAGAUCUCUGCUUGCAUGAUAACCGCAUGGCUGACGCCAUUAUCUUGGCCAUCGCAGGGGGACAAGAGCUGCUUUCUAGGACACAGGAAAAGUACUUUGCUAAGAUGCAGAGCAAAAUUACCAGGCUCGUCACUGCCGUGGUAACAAAGAACUGGAAGGAGAUUGUGCAGUCUUGUGAUCUGCAGAAUUGGAGAGAGGCUUUGGCUGCUGUGCUCACUUACGCCAGGCCGGAUGAGUUUGCAGCCCUCUGCGAUCUCCUGGGUAACAGAUUGGAGAGUGAAGGGGACAGCCUUCUGCAGAUGCAAGCAUGUCUCUGUUAUAUUUGUGCUGGCAAUGUGGAAAAACUGGUUGCUUGUUGGACCAAAGCUCAGGAUGGAAACAGCCCCCUGUCCCUUCAGGAUUUAAUAGAGAAAGUUGUGAUCCUGCACAAAGCCGUGCAGCUCACCCAGGCUGUGGAGCCUAAUGCUGUGGGGUCCCUCUUGGCAGAGAAAAUGAGCCAGUACGCCAACCUCCUCGCUGCCCAGGGCAGCAUUGCUGCGGCUUUGACCUUCCUCCCUGCAAACACCAACCAGCCAAACAUCGUGCUGUUAAGGGACAGGCUUUGCAAAGCCCAAGGGGAGCUCCCAGUGGGACAGGAGGCCCUCAGGGCACCACGUGAGAGACAGCCCGUGCCCAAGGGACGAACUGGCCCUGUGGCUGGACACAUGCAGGGGCCUCAGGCUCCAGCCCUGCAGUAUUACCAACAGGGAGACAAUCCGCCUCCUCCAGGGUUUAUCAUGCCAGGUGCUGUUAACCCCAACAUGCCACCACAGCAAGCUGCAUCUUCCAAUUACAGCAUGUACUCGCAAGCAGGGGCCCGGCCAACGUACCCACAGACGUAUCAGGUCACACAGCAGUACUCUUGCGGAACAGGGGGACCAGCUCUCUGUCAGCCUCAGCAGCCUAUCACUGUCCCUGCUUCAGCAUCGUACCCGAACCCUGCCCCUAAUACCACCCCUCCCUACCUGUCCUCUGCCCCUGUGCACUCCAUGCCCUCUCCACUCUACCCCGGGCAGCCUCAACCCUCCCCAACGAGCCUGAAUCCCGUCUCUUCCCUCCCUCUUCCUCCUUCUGGUGCAUCCUUUCAGCAUGGCAGGCCAGGACCUCCAGCACCUUCUGUGGCUUAUGCAUUACCUACUGGACCAACAGGGCCUCAGAACGGCUGGAACGACCCUCCUGCCCUGAACAGAGCUUCCAAGAAGAAGAAGGUCCCUGAUAACUUCUUGCCCCCAGUUCCCAUCAUGUCACCCAUCAUGAACCCACUACCGGAUCCGCAGUCUCAGAUGCAGCAGCCUCCGGCUCCAGCACCACUCCCAGGCAUGCCCAGCUUUCAGCCCGCGCCCGUCCCCGCGGGGCAGCCAGUGCUGCAGGGUACCUACCCGCCUGCUCCCCAGCCCCUGGGGCAGUGCAUCAUGCCACCCGCUGUCUCCAAACCCAGCACGGAGGGUGCCCCUGGAGCCCCAAUCGGCAAUGCCAUCCAG